CGCACUUUAAUUACAUAUUGCCAUGGUGUGUGUGAAUUUCAUUUCUCAUUUCUCUUUCAAUUUGUCAACCAUCAUAUGUAAAUUCGAAAAGAGAAUCCUUACAUAGCUCACAAAAACAAAACUGAUAAAGCAGAAAAAAGAGCGUUUAUUUUCAUUGCAAUAUUUUAACCUCCGUAUGAGAGUAAGUAGAUUAGAGUCCAAGUCGGUGUGCGUUCUCAGUUUAGUGAGAAAAAAAAGUUAAUAAAUUCUCAUUUUAUCAAAACAAAACAAAUACUUUCGAAAAAUCAAAUAAAAUGGCAACAAUAAUCGAUUUGAGUUCAGACGAUGAAACACAAGACAACAAAAACAAAGAGACAAUAAAUGCUGUUUCCACCGCCACUUCUGCCACUAAAACUAAUACAACAAAAUCUCCAUACCAGAGUUGCCAAAUGUCAUACAUAGAAACCAAAAGAAGAAAAAUUGACGAUUUUAUUGAUCAUGUCGUCCUAAUUUGGUUAGGUCGUGUAAGAUUAGGUUUCAAAAAUCUUGAAAUGCCUCAUAAUAUUUUAAAGUCAAAAGCUAAAGAAGCAGCAUCAAUUUUAAACACAUCUGAUAUAUUUCAUGAAGCUGAAUGGCUAAUGCGAUUUCAGAAAAGAGUCAAAAAAAUGCAAAAUGAUGGAAAAAAAAUCCCCAUAGGAAAAAGUAAAGUCUUUAGAAUUAAAGAUAUCAUAAAAGAGGAAAGACCAAAAUUCUUUGGCAAUAUUGCCACAAAAGAAACUACCCCGUUGGAUGAAAAUGUGUCUGUGGAUUUGACAGAAAAUAAAGAAACUGAAAAUAUAGAACAAAUUCAACUGUCCAAAAUGUUGGAAGAGCAGAAAAAGCAUUUGGAAUUGAUCAAAGAAGCACAAAGACAGCAAAUCGAAAAAGUAAAAGAAGCACAAAAGCAGUUGGCUGAUAAUUUGAAGAGGCAACAAGAAGCUGAGGCAAAAAAACUGCAGACAUUGAAAAGAGUUGCAAAAGCUGUUUCAGCUACCAAACCUUCAGACCAAGAGCAGGUUAUUCUGAGAUCAGUAGAUGUAAGUGAAGCUAUAUCACCAUCUUCACUUUCUCUAGCACCUUUACCUGCACAAACAUCUGUUCCUGUUCCAAAAUCUCUAACAGCACAAGAAGUUAUAAAUAUUGAUGAUGAUGAUGUUCUGGAUGAUCCUAUUCACUCUUACAAAGAGGCUCUGGACUGUUUGUCGCUUGUUGAAGAUUACUUUUUAUCUGUGAGAAACCUCCACGCUGUUACGAUGAUAAGUCAAAUAGAACACUGUUUAAAAAAUAAAUCUUAAGUCGUAGCUGUUUUGUUAACUCAAUAAAUAAGAUUUUUAAUAAAUAAAUGUAAUAUUUUUUUAAUUUUA